AUGGGAGUCGUGGCGGCCCAGCAGCCUGUCCGAGAUCCAGUUGCAGCCGGACCGCCGCUUGAAUUAGUGCAUCUAUACUACGACGAAUGGCCAACCGGCAUUGCCGUUUCUGCGUCGGGACGCAUGUUCUCAAACUACCCUCUAGGUCUCGAUCCGACAAACACCAAAUACCAAGUCGCCGAGUUGAAUUCCAAUAACACCGAAACAGCGUACCCGAAUGCUGAGAUCAACUCUCCGCCCGGCGGUGCAAUCGAUUUCUCCACCUACCCGGCCACAUCGAAGGGACUUGCGGACUACUUGAUUGGGGUGCAAAGCGUCGUGAUUGAUCCAAAAGACCAUCUCUGGAUCCUCGACACGGGCCGAGCAGUUCUCCCCAACGGCACGCUCACGACCUCCAACUUCGGCGGGCCCAGGCUGAUCGGGGUCGACUUGACCAACGACACCAUCUUCCAGACCAUCCUCUUCCCGUCGACGGUGGCGUACUCGGAUUCCUAUCCGAACGACGUCCGCUUCGACCUACGGCCCUCCGUCACGGCGUCCGGCCAAGGAAUAGCCUACAUCACCGACUCGUCCAGCGAGGGCCGCAACGGCAUCAUCGUCGUCGAUCUCGGAACCGGCGAAUCAUGGCGCCAUCUCGAAAACAUCCCGCAAGUCCGUCCCGAACCCGGCUUCUUCGUCAGCGUCUGGGGCGAGCCCGUCUACAACAACCCGGGCAACGGCAUGCCCAUCUCCCGCCUCGCAUUCGGUGCCGACGGCAUCACGCUGUCCAACAACGGCGAGACCCUCUAUUUCAGCGUCGUCUCGGGCCGCCACCUGUACGCCGUCCCCACAGCUCGUCUGCGCGACCGCAGUGCCUCCUCGGAACUGUUUUCCCAAGCCUCGGUCAUGGAUCUGGGCCAGAAGGGCGUCAGUGACGGAUUGGAGAGCGAUUCCAAUGGCAUCGUCUACGGAGGCAGUGUCGAGACGGAUUCGAUUGUCUUCUUCAACCCGGCUAAAGGCACGGUUUCCACCUUUGUCAGGGAUCCCAGGAUCCAGUGGACCGACACCUUCUCCACGGCCGGUAGCUAUUUGUAUUUCACCGAGAACCAGCUGUGGCGAGCCCCGGCGCAACAAGGCGGCGUGGACAGACGGGUGAAACCGUAUGCUUUGUUCCGAGUGCCGUUGUUGAACAAUGCUACUAAGAUACAGCUGGUGUAG